AUGGUGAACACUGGGAUGCAGCUGAUCAGCUUCACCUGUGCGGUGACUGGCUGGAUUAUGGCAAUCGCUGUCACGGCUUUGCCUCAGUGGAAGGUCUCAGCCUUCAUUGGUACCAACAUCCUAACCUCAGAGAUCAAGUGGGAAGGCAUCUGGAUGACCUGUAUCUACCAGACCACGGGUCACAUGCAGUGUAAGACUUACGACUCCAUGCUGGCCUUGCCUCCUGACAUCCAGGCAGCCCGUGCCCUUAUGUGUCUGGCCAUCUUCAUGGGUUGGCUCUCCUGCACUGUGUCCUGCUGUGGCAUGAAGUGCACCACUUGUGCUGGGGAUGAUCGCCAGGCCAAGGCGGGCAUAGCGCUCUCAGGUGGAGUUCUCUUCAUUCUGACAGGACUGUGCAUAUUAAUUCCAGUUUCCUGGACUGCCAACACAGUCGUCCAGGAUUUCUACAACCCCAACGUCCCUAUGAUGCACAAAAGAGAGCUGGGCCAGGCCAUUUAUCUGGGCUGGGCAGCUGCGGUUAUUCUUAUGAUCAGCGGAAGUGUGUUGAGCAGCACCUGCUCGCUCAUGGAGAGGAACGGCAAGUACCGCAGGGGCUACAUAGGCCGGAGCUUUGCAAAUUCACCCCCUACAGCAGCAGAUCCCCCAAAGCCCAUCACUUCUAAUAAUUUACCACUGAAGGAGUAUGUGUAGGGAGGGAAGAGAUGAUGCUAUUGC